UUGACGUUUGUUUGUUGCCAAACGUUUUUGACUGUACCACGAGUAUUAUUGCAUUUUUAGUGUAUUUAAGUUAAUUAAACACAUUUCUUGUGUACUGUGAGGAUAGUGUAAACGUUCAUCAUGAGUUUUAGCUUUGGAAGCGCCACAACAACCGCUGGAAGUACAUUUGGUACCACAACACCAUCAACAGGACUAGCAUUUGGCAGUGGAGAUGCAUCUAAACCGCUGUUCGGUUCUUCAAGUACAGAAAACAAACCAUUCAACUUCUCGAGUUCCACGACCGGUGCUCCCGCAUUCUCAUUCGGAGCUAAAACAUCCGCCACAACUGCGUCUUCAUUGUUUUCGGCCUCACCAGCCACCACCACUUCAGCGUUUGGUGCGAGCAAGCCGCUGAGCUUUAGCGGGUUCGCAUCACCACCCAACCAGACCGUUGGCAGUCCUGGCUUCGGGCAGCCUGCUGCACAGACUACCGCCCAAAACUUAUCAUUUGGAGCUGCCCAGUCUACGCCUGCUCCUAGUUUCGGAACCCCAGCAACACAAGCGGCCCCAGCGUUCGGCGCAGGCGCAUCCAGCGGUUUCUCCUUCGCCAAGACGACAGCGUCAACCGGGUUUGCCUUCGCCACACCCACCUCCGGUUUCUCAGCGCCUCAGGCUACCACUGCCACCACAUCAAAUGCUCCACAAACCACGCAGUCAAGCUUUUUAACGUCCACAACAUCAGCCUUUGGGGCGAAGCCCGCGUUCAGUUUCGGAGCCUCCACGCCUGCCUUCGGAGCACCCGCGGCCGCCGCUAGUGCAGCACCUGCCUUCGGGGCCACCACAGCAACUCCUAGCUUUGCGCUAGGCGGUCAGCAAACAGCGGCGAAUACCGCCCAAACGACCCCAGCCAAAACCCAAGGCCUCAGCUUUGGUGCUUCCACUUUCGGCACUUCUACGGCUCAAACCCCGGCCUUUGGCAGUGCCACGACACAACCGGCCCCGGCUUUCGGCACUUCUACAACCCAAGCUCCGGCUUUUGGCUCAUCAACAGCCCAAACGCCAGCUUUCGGCACAUCAACAGCCCAAGCUCCGGCUUUCGGCACAUCUACGGCCCAAGCUCCCGCAUUCGGCACCUCUACGGCCCAAACGCCCGCUUUCGGCACUUCUACGGCCCAAACGCCCGCUUUCGGCACCUCUACGGCCCAACCGGCACCAAAUUUCGGCGCGUCCACCCAAGCCCCAGCCUUCGGGACUUCCCAACCGGCUCAAACGUCAGCCCCUAGCUUCGCCCAAACAACUUCAGCGCCAUCUUUCGGCGGUUCGGCCGCGCCAGCGUUCGGCACAUUCCAAGCCCCCUCCACUGGUCUCAAUUUCGGCGCUACCACCACGGCCGCGUCAACUCAGCCCAGUUUCGGCGGUCAACAAACCGGGCUUAGUUUCAAACCAAGCACGACCCCGGCCACUCAAACUGGGCUUAGUUUUGCGACUACACAGCCGACUCCAUCUUUCGCGCCGUCUACUACCGGGCUUAGUACGGCGCCGACUGGGCUUAGUUUUAGCCAGCCGGCUGCCUCGACUGGGCUUAGUUUCACAGCCACUACUGGGCUUAGUUUGACGCCUGCGUCAUCGGCUGCGACUACGGCGGGAUUAAGCUUCGCAACGUCGGCUGCGUCUACGCAACCGAGCACGGGGCUUAGUUUUGGAACUACCACCUCGACAGCUGGGCUUAGUUUCGGAACUAAAACUACGGCUGCCACCGCCACUUCUAGCCCUGGUCAGUCAUUUUUAUUUAUUUAUUGA